AGAAAAAAAAAAAAAAAACACGAAACUGCAUGCUGUAAAGGUAUUUUGUGUCGAUCUUGCAGUUCCAAAAUUGAUUUUGUGUGGGGAUAAUAUCCCCCAAUUUUUCCACAUUAUGAUUCUUGAUUUUCCAAACAGCUAAAAAGGUUGUCUGUUUUUCAAGAAAACUUCUUUGUUGGGCAUGUUCCCUUUAUUGUUAAUUCAUCCUUUUUUAUUUUUCCCUUUACCACAAUCCACUCUAUAGGAUUAUAUAUCAAUUUUGGGUCUCUGCUGAAUUUCUUCAGGAGUUCAUCAAGAACCCUUCAGAAAUUUCAGCAGUUUCCCGUUCCUGCCUGGCGACCCAUAAUCAUCUCAACAUUCACGAAUUUCUUUGCGCAGGGUCAAAAUUCUUCUCCAUUUCCAAAACCCGGGAUGGAUCAAUUCAGGCAGGUCGGGGAGGUUUUGGGCAGCCUAAAGGCCCUCAUGAUACUUAAACACGAGAUCCCAAUCAACCCGCGCCAAUGCUCUCUCCUUUACGACAUGCUGUCCCUAGCCUUCGACACAAUCUCGGACGAAAUCAAACAGAACCUAAGGCUCAAGGACCGAACCACCAAGUGGAAGUCCCUGGAGUUCCCGAUGAAGGAGCUCCACAAAAUCUUCAAAGAGGCCGAACUCUACAUACGCCACUGCACGGACGCAAAGGACUGGUGGGCCCGAGCCAUCAGCCUCCACACGAACCGCGACUGCAUCGAACUUCACAUCCACAAUCUGCUCUGCUGCUUUCCUGUCGUUAUCGAGGCUAUCGAGACAGCUGCCGAGAUCUCGGGAGUCGAUCAGGAAGAAAUGCAGAAAAAACGAGCCGCCAUCUUACGGAAGUACGAUCCCAACUGUGACGACCCCAAAUUGUUUCUAUGGAAAUUCGGGAGGCAGUAUUUGGUCCCGCGCGAGAUUUGCGCCCGUCUGGAGACAGCCUGGAAGGAGGACAGGUGGCUGCUGACGGAAAAAGUCGCGGAGAAGAGUAAACGGAAAGGAAAAAACGAGCAGAGGCUCGUGGAGCUACUGACGAACAAGUUGAACGAAGGGAAGCUGUUGCCGAGCAGGGCAUUGGUUGGGGCCCACGAUUAUUUCGUGAGGCGGCGACUAGGGUCGGGAUACCCAUCGGGCGGGGGCCAACUCAAGGAGAUUCAUUGGUUGGGCGAGAAUUUUGCGCUGAGGACUUUUUACGGGGAGAUUAGUCCUCUGCAGUCCGAUAUCUCUCUCAUGCUCUCGCUAUCCCACCCGAACGUUUUGCAGUAUCUGUGCGCGUUUUACGACGAGGAUAGAAAAGAAGGGUUUCUUGUGAUGGAGCUCAUGAGCAAGGAUCUCGGCUCUUACAUAAAAGAGCGUUGUGGGCAGAGGAAUAAGAUCCCGUUCACGAUACCGGCUGCGGUGGACAUCAUGCUGCAAAUCGCACGGGGAAUGGAGUAUUUGCACUCGAAAGAGAUAUAUCUUGGCGAUCUGAACCCGUCCAACGUUCUUUUAAAAGUAAAGAAUGGGGGGGUUGUCCAAGCAAAGGUCACGGGGUUCGGAAUGACCUCCUUCAAGGCCCACUCGUCAUCCAAAUCUGCUACUGCUACUGCUACUGCUACUGCUAAUAAACAACAACCCACAGGAGUUGUCGACCUCAACAUCUGGCUAGCCCCAGAACAGCUAGCCGAGCUCCACCAACUGAAUAAGCCCAAGCCUGCCCCAAACUACACCGAGAAAUCCGACGUGUACAGCUUCGGCAUGCUCUGCUUCGAGCUCCUGACAGGGAAAGUCCCUUUCGAGGACAGUCACCUCCAGGGGGAGAAGAUGGUCCGGAACAUUUUAGCUGGGGAGCGGCCCCUCUUCUCUUACCCUUCCCCCAAAUACCUCCAGAACUUGACGAGAAAAUGCUGGCAGACGAACCCCGACACUCGCCCGACCUUCUCCAGCAUUUGCCGAAUCCUACGCUACAUAAAGAAGAACCUCGCCAUAAACCCUAACCACGGGGACCCCGAGUCCCCGCCCCCGCUGGUCGACUAUUACGACAUGGAAGCCGCAUACCUGAAGAAGUUUUCAAACGGAGGGGCGGGCCCGCAGCCCGUGUCCCAGAUUCCCUUUCAGAUGUUCACUUAUGCUGUCCUAGAGAAGGAGAAGGUGUGUGGCCGGAGGUGGGACCCAGCGGCUGAAGGGAGCAGAACCUUUCACCGGGCGGCCUCGCUUUUCGACGACGAGCAGAUGGACGACCUCUUCCUGGUGCCGGCGGGGGACCGCCGCUCGGUUUGUUCGGAGAUUAUCGACACAAAGAACUCGGCCAUGGCAGUCGACCUCCGCUCAGUCAUAUCCGAGAUUCCACACCACAAGAUGCACCAGUUUGACCAGCGGUCGUUCGGGUCUGAAAGCCCCGGGAAAAGGUUCUUCAGUGCCGUGGCUGACCAGAGGACGGCUGCCGGAGGUGUGACUCCGGUGAGGGAACAAAAAUCGCCGAUCGUAGUUCACCACGCGGUCGAGAGCAAAGCCGACCAGAACUUAACCGGAGUGGAUAAAGUGAAUGGGCCGGUGGUCAAUCCUCGGAUACUUCAGGAGCAACAACUUAAAUUGGCGACAAAAAAAGUGAACGAGCAGAAACCGGACAAGAGUGAGAUUCUGGAGGUGAAGCAGGCAUUGAGACCGAUUGCUGUCGACCAGAAACAGAGUUCGUCUGAGUCGUUAGAUGUUAAGUUGCUUACAAUGGGCUCGAGCCACACAAAAUUGCCUGAGAUACCUGAGAAAAAGAUACUGCAGGAUAAUGGUGAGUCUAACCAGAAGACUGUGGCAGAUACUUCUGCUGAAGCCCCCGAGAAAAAAGCUGACCCGGAGGUAAAUAAUGUCCAGAAGGAAGAAGAUUGUGACAGGUCGGUGAAGAAGCCUACGCUUCUCAAGAAAUUGAAGGAAUUAAAAAUCAAGAAAACUCAUGACAAACCAAAGAAUGACUCAGCAAAAUCUGAGCCAGCCAAGACGAAGAAAACCAAACCCACCUUUUCCCCAGCUGCGUCCCCAUCGCGUGCUUUCAUGGCUUCCCCAUCACGGGCUUUCAUGGCAUCUCCAUCACGGGCUCUCAAGAAGACAGUUCGCCCAGAGACACCAAAAUAUGAGCCGCCAAGAUCACCAGCCAGACCAAAGAAAACAGUCCCCAGCUCCAAUCCAGCUGCCUCACCAUCAAGAGCUUUCCAUACAUGCUCUUCGCCAUUACAUUCAUCAGCCCAUCACUUGAAGGAGUGUUCGUCUCCCAUGUCAUCACCAUUGAACACUUGCACGCGGUGCUCGAGACUCGGCCAACAGACUUCUUUGGCUAUGAGUCCACAAAGACGUAAAAUAGACCAUGUAUAAAAUGAUAAAAUAAUCUGGUAGCAUUCAUUUUUAUGUCUUCUUACUGUAAUGUGGCCCCUUCUUUGACAACUCUGUCAGGAAAAGGAAAAAGGGAAAGAGGGGACCAGAUUUUUUGAUUGCCGAUGUGUAUUCAGGCAGAAUGGUUUGUAGGGGAGUUAGGAAGACCGUGACUUUUCUUGAUUCGUGUAAUUAUAUUGGAUUUUUAAUCUUUUUUGUCUAAUUUAGCAAAGAUUCGUGGUUCGUCUGAUUCGUGUGGAUACGAGUACAUAUCAG